CCGACUCCACGGGCACGCACUCGCUCUACACCACGUACCAGGACUACGAGAUCAUGUUCCACGUGUCCACCAUGCUGCCCUACACGCCCAACAACCGCCAGCAGCUGCUCCGGAAGCGCCACAUCGGCAACGACAUCGUCACCAUCAUCUUCCAGGAGCCGGGCGCGCUGCCCUUCACGCCGCAGAACAUCCGCUCGCACUUCCAGCACGUCUUCAUCAUCGUGCGCGCCCACCAGCCCUGCUCCGACAGCGUCUCCUACAGCGUCGCCGUCACGCGCUCCAAGGACGUCCCCCCUUUCGGGCCCCCUCUCCCCCCUUCCGGCCUCACCUUCCGCCGCUCCGACCUCUUCCGCUCCUUCCUCUUGGCCAAAGCCAUCAACGGCGAGAACGCCGCCCACAAAUCCCGCAAAUUCCGCGCCAUGGCCACGCGGACGCGCCACGAGUACCUGCGGGAUUUGGCGGAAAACUACGUCACCAACACGCCCUUGGACACGGCCUUGGCCAAGUUCAACCUCAUCUCCUUGGCCUCCAAGAAAAAGGAGAAAUCCAAAGCGCGGCCUUGGGCGGAGCUGGAGAGCGCCGGCGCCGUUUCUUGGCGGGUUUGGGCGUUGGAUUUUGGCCGGGGCGGUGAGGAGGUGCCGUGCGUGUUGGGAAUUUCCAAGGAUUUGGUGGUUUUGGUGGAUUUGGUGGCCAAGGAGGUUGUGUUUCAUUGUUUCACCGGGGAUGUGAUCGGGUGGAGCGCGGAGGGGGCGGCGUUGAGGAUUUAUCAUGGCAGGGGGGAUUUGGUGAGCGAAGGAGCCGAUGGAGCGGCCGAGGAGAUCAAGGAGAUCGUGCAGAGGCUCAAGAUGACCACGCCGGGCUGCGCCACGGUGGACAUGACCCUGCGGCGCAACGGGCUGGGCCAGCUGGGCUUCCACGUGCACCCCGACGGCAGCGUGGCCGAGGUGGAGGAGUACGGAUUCGCCUGGCAGGCCGGGCUGCGGCGCGGCAGCCGCCUCCUCGAGGUGUGCAAGGUGGCGGCCGUGGCGCUGAGCCACGAGCAGAUGAUCGACCUCCUGCGCACCUCGGUCACCGUCACCGUCAGCAUCGUGCCGCCCCACGAGGAUGGCACGCCCAGGAGGUUGGUGGGGUUCGGGUGCUCGGGGUGGGUUUGGUGCUGUUGGUGCCAUCUGGGUGUCAUGGAGGACAUUGGAGCCAUCGUGGUGCCAUUGGUGGCAUCUUGGAGCCAUUGGUGA